AACUGUCAACUAUCAACACAACACUCUGAUUUUGAUGUUCAACGUUUUGGCGCGUAAAGAGUUUUCAAUGCAUAUUAAUUACGUAUACUAAUUAUUAAUAUUUGCUACGCAAAAUAAAUACGAAAUACGCAUAUACGUCGUCCUAAAAAAAUAAAGAUAUUCUGCUUUAGAGUAAACAUUCAUAAAAAAUAAGUUUUGCCUGCUCAAGAUGGAUAAAAGACAACUGUUUAAAGGGCCGCCGUCUAAAAAGUUUAAAUCUUACGAUGACGAUGACGACAACGAGUUAUCAUGUACGUUUGAAGAGCAAUUGGCCGGACUAGAAGCAAAUGAAGUUGAUUCUCAACAAUUAUAUGGAGACGGACCGGAAAAUCAGACAACAAACAUGAAAUGGUCUCGACCACCAGCGCCGGCAUUAGAUCCAAGAAAAGAUUCCUUAGUAUUUCAACAAAUUGACAUCGAUAAUUACAAUGGACAGCCGAUACAAGGUAUGCCAGGCUCACAAUUAGCACCUGUCCCCAUUAUGAGAAUGUAUGGCAUAACCAUGGAAGGAAAUUCAGUAUGUUGUCAUGUUCAUGGGUUCACCCCUUAUUUCUAUGUAACUGUGCCUGCCAAUUUCACAGAAUCAUCUUGCAAUUCUCUCAAAUCAAACCUCAGUAAAGCUUUGUUAGAAGACUUACGUGGAAAUAAAGAUAACAUCAAAGAGACAGUCUUAGAAGUCCGUUUGGUUCAAGCUAAAUCUAUUAUGUAUUAUAAAGGUAAUGACAACAUAACAUUUGCGAGGGUAUCUGUGGCGCUACCCAAAUUAAUUGCUGCAGCAAAACGCUUAAUUGAAAGACAACCAACAUCUUUUGGUGUAAUGGACCCAAUGUUUUAUGAGACCAAUAUUGAUUUUGAUAUUCGUUUUAUGGUGGAUACUUCAGUUGUUGGAUGCAGUUGGAUUGAGCUACCAGUGGGAAAGUGGUUACUUAGAUCACAAAAUGGCACUUUGAAACCUGAAACCCGCUGUCAAAUUGAAGUGGAUGUUGCAUGGAAUUUAUUUAUAGCCCACCAACCAGAAGGAGAAUGGUCUAAAGUUGCUCCAUUUAGAAUCUUAAGCUUUGACAUUGAGUGUGCUGGCAGAAAAGGAAUAUUCCCAGAACCCAAACAUGACCCUGUGAUACAAAUUGCUUCAAUGGUAAUAAGGCAAGGUGAUACUGAACCAUAUUUACGAAAUGUGUUCACACUAAAUACAUGUGCACCAAUAGUUGGCUCCCAAGUACUGAGUUUUCAAUCAGAAUCUGAAAUGUUACAAAAGUGGUCUGACUUCUUCCGUGAAUUAGAUCCAGACAUUAUUACCGGAUACAAUAUUGGGAACUUUGACUGGCCUUACCUCAUAAACCGGGCAAAACAUCUCAAUGUCAUUAACUUUGACUUUUUAGGAAGAAUUAAAAAUAUAAAAUCAGUGAUUAAAGACACUGUAUUACAAUCAAAACAAAUGGGUCGAAGAGAAAACAAGAGCAUCAAUUUUGAAGGUAGGGUUCCAUUUGAUUUGCUACUUGUUCUUGUGCGUGAUUAUAAACUCAGAUCCUACACUUUGAAUGCUGUAAGUUACCAUUUCCUUCAAGAGCAAAAAGAAGAUGUUCAUCACAGUAUCAUAGCAGAUUUGCAAAAUGAGAAUGAACAGACCAGAAGACGGUUGGCCAUGUAUUGCCUCAAAGAUGCUUACUUACCAUUAAAAUUGUUAAACAAAUUAAUGUGUAUCAUCAACUAUAUGGAAAUGGCUAGAGUAACUGGAGUGCCUCUGUUGUGUUUAUUAACCAGAGGCCAACAGAUAAAAGUUGUCAGUCAACUUUUACGAAAAGCAAAAGAUGCUGGAUACUUAAUGCCAGCUUAUCACAGUCAAGGUUCAGAUGACCAGUUUGAAGGAGCAACUGUAAUUGAACCCAAGAAAGGUUAUUAUGCUGAUCCCAUAUCAACAUUAGAUUUUGCUUCACUAUACCCCAGUAUUAUGAUGGCUCACAAUUUGUGUUAUACAACAUUAGUUCAACCUAAUAUGCAAAAUCAUCUGAAGCUAGAUAAUGAUGAUGUUACAUUGACACCAUCAAAAAAUACUUUUGUUAAAGCAAAUAUACGAAAAGGUUUACUUCCUGAAAUCUUGGAAUCACUACUAGCCGCUAGGAAAAAAGCUAAAGCAGAUUUAAAAGAUGAAAAAGACCCAUUCAAGAGGUCUGUACUGGACGGCAGACAAUUAGCUUUAAAAAUAAGUGCGAACUCUGUAUAUGGUUUUACAGGUGCUCAAGUAGGAAAACUACCUUGCCUUGAAAUUUCAGGCAGUGUAACUGCUUAUGGUCGAACAAUGAUAGAGUUUACAAAAUCAGAGGUUGAAAAAAGAUAUACAAAAGCAAAUGGAUACAAAGAAGACGCUACCGUGAUUUAUGGGGAUACUGAUUCUGUUAUGAUAAAAUUUGGAGUCAAAACUUUAGAAGAAAGUAUGGAAUUAGGUAGAGAUGCUGCUGAGUUUGUAACAGCAAAAUUUGUGAAGCCAAUUAAAUUAGAAUUUGAAAAAGUGUAUUACCCAUACCUUUUAAUUAAUAAAAAGCGAUAUGCUGGACUCUAUUUUACAAAACCAGAUAAAUAUGAUAAAAUGGAUUGUAAAGGCAUAGAGACUGUUAGGAGAGACAACUGCCCUCUUGUUUCAAAUGUGAUGAGUACUUGCCUUCAAAAAUUGCUCAUAGAUAGAGAUCCAGAUGGUGCUGUAAAUUAUGCCAAACAAGUUAUUGCUGAUUUACUGUGCAAUCGAAUAGAUAUAUCACAACUUGUAAUUACAAAAGAAUUGACUAAAAAUGAUUAUGCUGCAAAACAAGCUCAUGUGGAAUUGGCUAAAAAAAUGAAAAAACGUGAUGCAGGAACUGCGCCGAAACUUGGGGAUAGAGUACCUUACGUCCUAUGUUGUGCAGCCAAAAAUACACCAGCCUAUAUGAAAGCAGAAGAUCCUAUUUAUGUUUUAGAAAACAGUAUACCUAUAGAUUUUAAUUAUUAUAUGGAAAAUCAGCUUGCUAAACCAUUACUGAGAAUUUUUGAACCAAUUCUGGGGGAAAAAGCUGAAUCUCUUUUAUUAAAAGGUGAACAUACAAGAACCAAGGCAAUGGUCACGUCUAAAGUAGGUGCAUUAGCUGCUUUUACCAAGAAGAAAGAGAAAUGUAUUGGAUGCAAGGUAGUUUUGCCCAUUGACAGUAAAACAGCUUUGUGCAACCAUUGUUUGGAAAAAGAAGGACAAUUGUACAUAACAGAAGUAUUUAAAUUAAGACAACUACAAGACAAAUUUUCAAGGCUUUGGACUGAAUGUCAAAGAUGCCAAGGAAGUCUUCAUGAAGAAGUACUUUGCACUAAUAGAGACUGCACUAUAUUCUAUAUGAGAAAAAAAGUGGGUAUGGAACUGGACACACAAGAGAAGAAUGUUUUAAGGUUUGGGGAACCAAUUUGGUGAUUUUUUCCUAUUGUGCUUUUUUUCUGCUUUGCCUUUUACUCAGGAGAAUGAUAAGUCAAAUGUAAGAAAUAGGUAAAAGACUUCAGAUUUAUUAGUGAAUAAGAUGAAAUAGUUGUAUUUUAAAAAUAUUUUAUACCAUAUCAUGAAUGAGAAAAAUUUUAUGUUUAAAUAAGGAAUGAAAAUUUAAUCAUACGGUCUUUAUUAUGUAGAAGACAAAUCUGUUCAUUUUCACUACAUGUUACAUAGAGUAGGCAAAGGUCAAAAAAAUUAUUAAAAAAGACAUGGGCGUAACUAGGUAUUUCAGAGGCGACCUGUACCGCAAAUUAAAAAUAACUACUUUGACGUCUUUAUUUAAUAUUUAUUCGCUGGCUCACUGUUACAAAGAUCUAUGUUAUAUUUAUUAAACAAUUCGAAUACCCCACGAUGUUGUCUUUUUCUUGUCGAAAAAUUAAAGAACCAUGAUUUCUUUGUCGUUUCUAAUUUUUACGAACAUGAAAAUAUUAAAUCACAUUUUCUCAACAUAAUUUAAAAAAUUUACUAAGAGCUUCGUAAUAGUGGUAUAGGGAUUAGAUCUUAAUAGUGGUUUUAAAAAUUAUACUAGUAUCAUCCAAUUCUGGCCUCAUUGCUGGUUACGCCUAUGUAAAAAUUUUACAUACCAUUUCUGGAAUAAACAAUAUCUGGUGAACUAUAUGAUAUAAUUUUAAUUAAAUGUUCAAAUAAAAAUAAUGAUAUCA